AGUCCUCUCAGGGACGACACAUGUUCUCUGACUACAAAGAGCACAAGGAGAAGAGAAGGACUGAGAGAGAAAGACUGAGACGGACAGAGAGAAAGACUGAGACGGACAGAGAGAAAGACUGAGACGGACAGAGAGAAAGUAGCUCAAAGGCAGAGAUCUGAUUUAUUUUUUUAGUUGACAUCUCUGAUGUUUCUGCAGUUGAGUUUGUGAAUUGUUUGUCUAAGGAGUUGCAUCAGGUCUUGUGUCUUGCCUUGUGGGGAAAGUGGUGUAUGAGUCCCUGUGUUCUUCUGAAGUAGGUUUAAAGCUGUGUGUGUGUGUGUGUGUGUUUGUGGUUGCUGUGAGUGUUUGCGAGUGUGUUUUUGGUAGCUGUGAGUGUUUGCGAGAGUGUGUGUGUAUGGGGGGGAAUAAACAUCUGUGUGCUGUCUGACUUAGGGGCAGAGGCAGCUGUUUCUACUGUAGAAGGCAUUCUGUGUAGGUGUUAUCAGGUACUGUAUAGUGUGAGCUGGGUCUUCCUAUACUCUUGAGUUCAUUUGCUUCAAAGUGUGUGUGUGGGUGUGUUUCCUGCACGUGUUGCUGCAAUUGUGUUGCACUUAAACUCCCCAGUAUUAUGUGCAAGUGAAUGCUUUGUGCAAACAGAUUGCCCUGAGUGUGUUUCUGCAGUUUGAGUGUGUGCUGUGUAUAGUGUGUGUUUGUGUGUGUGUGUGUUGUGUAUAUCAGCAGCAGUAGUUGUUUAUUUAUAGCUUAGGAAUGGCAUCCUUCCUCCUCCUUUUCCUCUCCUCGUGUCCUCUCGUCGCCAUGGCAGCCAUGGACACUUGCUAUGACGAUGAAGGCCGGUCGAGUCGCUGCAUGCCCAAGUUCGAGAACGCGGCCUUCAACCGCACCAUAAUGGCGUCCAACACGUGCGGCUCGCCGCCCGAGGACUACUGCAUGCAGACGGGGUCAACACGCUUCUGUCACACCUGUGACCUGUCCGACCCCGAGCGCCACCACAACGCCACGUUCCUGACCGACUUCCACAAUGGGGACGAACCCACCUGGUGGCAGAGCCAGUCCAUGUUCUACGGAGUGCAGCACCCCAACUCCAUAAACCUCACUCUACACCUAGGCAAGGCGUUUGAGAUCACGUACGUGCGUCUGAAGUUCUACACCAGCCGGCCGGAGAGCUUCGCCAUCUACAAGCGCUCGGAGGAAGACGGGCCCUGGCAGCCGUACCAGUUCUAUAGCGGCUCGUGCGCUAAGACGCAUGCCCGUGGCGCCCGCUUCCUGCGGCCCGGCGACGACACGAAGCCCUCCUGCAAUUCGGCGAAGUUCAGCGACAUCUCGCCGCUCACCGGGGGCAACGUGGCCUUCUCCACACUCGAGGGACGCCCUAGCGCUUACAACUUCGACCAGAGCCCAGUGCUGCAGGACUGGGUGACAGCUACGGACCUGCUGAUAUCUCUAGACAGGCUCAACACAUUUGGGGAUGAGUUUUUUAAGGAUGCAAAAGUGCUUCGCUCGUACUUCUACGCCAUCUCUGAUUUCACAGUGGGCGGCAGGUGUAAGUGUAACGGCCAUUCCAGUGAGUGUGUGGCAGGUGACACGGGCAAGCUGGAGUGUGUGUGUGAGCACAAUACCGCAGGAGUGGACUGCCAGCUGUGUGCCCCUUUUCAUCAGGAUCGUCCAUGGGCACGCGCCACCAGCGACUCCGCUAACGAGUGUGUGAAGUGUAAUUGCAGCGGCCAUGCGGAUGCGUGUGUGUUUGACGCGGAGCAGUACCGCAGCACAGGCAGCGGGGGGCGCUGUGUAGGCUGCAGAGACCACACUGCUGGGCCUCACUGUGAGACGUGCCAGCAGAACUUCUAUAGGCACUCACCACUGGAGCCCUGCACGAACUGCAGCUGCAACGCCAUGGGCUCUGUCAGUCUGCAGUGUGACACACUAGGUGUGUGUGUGUGUCGUGAGCAUGUAAGGGGACUGAAGUGUGAUGUAUGUGAGCCUGGGUUCCACUCCCUCAGCCCAGUUGGAUGCAGGGGUUGUCAGUGUGAUGUAAGGGGCAGUGUGGAAGUGUGCUCUGCUGACAAUGGCCGCUGCCACUGCAAGACCAAUGCUGAGGGACACAACUGUGACAGGUGUCGACCUGGCACAUAUAACCUGCAGGAAGAGGACCCUGAAGGUUGCCAGCCCUGUUUCUGCUUUGGCCACUCCCUCGUCUGUUCAUCUUCCAAUCAGCACACUCCAAUCAACAUCACCUCUAACUUCCUGGAUGAUGCUGAGGGCUGGACAGGUCGUUUCUCAGACGGUCAGGACUCCGCCCUGCUGUGGAAAGAGGGUGAGGUCUACCUGCUCCCCUACAGCGACCACGACUUAGGCUACUACUCUGCACCAGCUAAGUUUCUAGGGAGCCGGUUACUAAGUUACGGCCAGACCCUUUGGAUCCGUUUCCUGUCGGAGAUUCCGGGACUCCUGCCCCAGAGCGUCACCGUAGUGAUGGAGGGUUCCGGAAUGUUGCUGUCUGCCCAACUCUCUCCCCAGACUGACCGGCUAGCCCAAGGCCACAGCACAGCAGUCUUCAGUCUCAGGAGAGUGCACCUGCACAGAUUUCACUACUGGUCCAACCUGUGAGAGAUGCCUGGAUGGUUACUACGGCAAUGCAUUGAUUGGCAGCUCCAGAGACUGCCAGCCCUGCCCCUGUCCGGACCGCACCACCUGUGCCCAGCUGCCUGACACAGGGGAUGUGGUCUGUACCAACUGCCCCCAUGGACAGAGGGGCACCAGGUGUGAGAUGUGUGAGGACGGUUUCUACGGCGACCCCCUGGGGCUACGGGGCGCAGUGCGCCCGUGUGUGAGGUGCGAGUGUAACUUUAACGUGGACCCCAACGCGUUGGGUGUGUGUGACCAUGUGACGGGGCGCUGUCUGAAAUGCCUUGGACACACAGCCGGUGACCACUGCGAACGUUGCCAGCCCGGUUACUAUGGCGAUGCGAUGGAACCGGACCGCAACCCCUCCCAGAAGUGCAAACCAUGCAACUGUAAUCCUGCGGGCACCUCUGGGUCUCCGCACGAGUGCCACCCCGUGACGGGCAUGUGCCGUUGCCUGAGCGACGUGAUUGGACGCGACUGUGGGCAGUGCGAACCCGGCUUCUUCAACCUGCAGCCAGGCCGGGGCUGCGAGAGAUGUAACUGCAAUCCCAUUGGCUCCUCAUCACCAGCCUGUCACCCAAUCACGGGCCAGUGUGUGUGUCGCGUGGGGGUGCAGGGGACAUCAUGUGACUCCUGUCGUCUGGGGUUCUUUGGUUUCUCGUCCAGAGGGUGCAGAGCCUGUAACUGUGACCCAAUGGGCUCAGUCUCCAUGCAGUGCCAUGGCAACGGAACCUGCCUGUGUCGCCAGGGUUUCGUGGGCUACAAGUGUGACAAGUGUGAGAUGAACUACUUCCACAACCGACACACGCACCAGUGCGAGGAGUGCCCCGUGUGUUACAGUCUCAUCAGAGACCAGGCUACCCAGCUGAAGGCCAAAAUGAAGGCCCUGGAGAAACUGCUGGCACACUACGACUGCCGGAACAUGCCCAGACGCCCGAUGCACCGCUACCACAACUACCUGCACCAGCCUCACAGGCACCAGCAGCACGUGCAUGAGCGUCACGGGCACGAGCAGCAACACGGGCAUCAGCAACAACACGGGCACGAGCAGCAACGCGUGCAUGAGCAUCACGGGCACCAGCAGCAACACAGGCACCAGCAGCAACACGGGCACCAGCAACAUCACAGGCACGAGCAGCAACACGUGCACCAGCAUCAUGUGCACGAGCAGCAACACGUGCACCAGCAUCAUGUGCACGGGCAGCAUGAGCGAUCCCAGCUGUGGCGCAGCAACUUGGUGCAAGAGUAUCGGGAUGAGGACUACCUCCCCAACUCCAUAGAGGACUUCCUAGCCAUACAAGAGGCGCGUGAGGCCUUCAUCAAGCAGUUCUCACAGCUGGAAACAUCUGCACACACCCUGGAGUUACACCUGCGCAGCGUUGCCACAGUGAUGAACUGCAGCCUGCGAGAGCAGAAGGGAGGGAUGGAGGUGGAGAAAGAGGAAGAAGAGAAGAAGAACGAGGGAAGAGUGACGGAGGAGUGUGAGCCUCUAAUUGAGACUUACGGUGCCGUCAGGGGAGUACUGACACAGCUGGAGCAGGCAACACGUGACCUGGGCAACAUGGUCAUCCCCUUCUCCAUCCCGAAAGGCCCCAACGAGUGGAACGCUGCAGUCAACGAAUCUCAAAUACUGGCAGAGAGCCACGUCAAGGCAGCCGGUCGCAUGGAAUCGAUCGCCAGCGAGGCACUGCGAGUAUCGAACCAGACCUACUCCCUACUGCUCAGGCUGCUGGAGGAGAACUCAACCGAGCACUACAUCCAAGGCCUGGCACAACGGUUGUCGGACAUGCAGCAGCUGAAGGGGAACCUGUCCUCUCAGGUGAACGAAAGUCUGGAGGCUCACCUGUCUCUCGAGGAGCAGCACGUCGAGGUGGAGGCCAUCUUGAAGAACAUCUCCUCCUCCAUGUCAGAGCUGCACACACACACACAGACCCACACCCACACCCACACACACACCACCGGCUCCUCCAUCAGCCUGCCUGCGGGAGAGUCCAACCUCAACGCCAGCCAGGCCAAUGCCACAGCAGAGGAUACACUGCUAGGAAUCCAGGUGCAGAGCCUGGAGGAGCGGAGCUCAGAGCUGGCCGAGCAGGUCCAGUCUAAAGAAGACCUGGCCAUCAGGACCAGAGGGGAGCUGGACCCAAGCCUCACACACGGUCAGAACAACAUCAAGACCAUCCAAGAGUUCCAGCAGCUGACGGACCUGGCCGAGGGGUUAAAGGUGGCGUCUCUAUCGUCUGUGGUGAAGGCCAAGGAGGUUGAGUCUGAGGCCUCUGCCCUGCAGAGAAAUCUAGAAGGUAUGCAGAAGAAGUGGCCCCGCCUGCAGACGCAGACCAAGGCAGCAGUGCAGAAAGCCCGUUUAGUGGAGGACAAGCCACUGGCCGAGGCCAAGAAGAAGGUCAAGGUCGCCGAGAGACUCAUCCGAGUCGCCAUGGACAACGCUACGCAGGCCAACGCCACUGCAGUCCAGGCAGAGGACUCUGCCCACGCUGUCUCCAAGAACGCAAAAGCGACCCGGACGCAGACGAAGCAGGCCAAGAGAGCGUCUGUGCAGCUGAGAUCAUCUGUGGAGGAGGCGGGGCUUCAGCUGAGUGAACCGGAGCGCAUCGUCACACAGAUGCUCUCGCAGACGCAGACAGAGGAGCCUGAGGCUUCACUGGGGAGUGUGAUGAAGAAGAUGGAGACGGCCAAGCUUCAGCUGGAGUCAUACACACACACACUGACUCAGCUGCUCAGCAAAUUAGAAGAGGACUCGUCUCUAGAGAAGUUCGACCAUAUCCUGAACGAGACGGCCUCGCGGCUGCUGGUCCUGAGACGCAGCGUGGAGAGUCCAGCACUGUCCGGCAAGAUCCAGACCCUGAAGACCGCAGCCCAGGAGCAGAAGAACCAGAUGACCCGCUUGGACCAGAACCUCCAGGAGAUCCGGGAGGAGCGGGCCAGCCUGCAGGAUAUUGUGCUCACCCUCCCCAAAUCCUGCCCUUAAAGGAACUCUCACACUGCCCAGACAAUGCCCAACCAGAGCCUUCUAUGGCUCUGUGCCCAACAAACCCCAACGUUCUAAAGUUGCCCAGACAAUACCAAACAAACCCCAACGUUCUAAAGUUGCCCAGACAAUACCAAACAAACCCCAACGUUCUAAGGUCGUUGCUGGUUGCAGUCAGAGGGGGUUAAAGUGGAGCUAGUAAUCAAGGAUCUUAGUUGCAGUCUUUAGAUUGUUCAGAAAACCAACUGCCAUCUCCACACUGCACAGACAGUAAUUGAAAAGACAAUUCAAACAAGUCAAACAACACCAUCCAACAAACACCAGCAGACACAGACUGACAGUGCACACUGUUGGUUUUUGUUGGAGAUUGUUGGUGUUUUUUGGGGCAGUGUGCUAGCACCUUAACACAAGGCCCUCUCCAGGCCAAGGCACUGCAUUAUACCAUUCCAGAAUUAGACUUUAGCAAAUAUAACGGACAUCAUUUAGCUCCGGGCCAUUUUUAUGCACAGUUUUAUUUUUAUACCUUUUUUGCUAGGUUUUUCUUGUUUACACCCUAGACUGUAUAAAUAAGUUUACAUGCACAUAACAUAAGGCGGUAGUGUUAAAGGAGAGAUUUUUCAGUCAGAUAAACAGUUGAUUAUACCAAAGAGGUCACGUCAAUAAAACAUUAUACCUAA